AUGUCUCUCCAUAUCUGCACACCCGUUCUUGAGGGUGACUCUACAGAGUCUUCCCGCAGCGAAAGCCCGGACAGCAUGUCUUUGGACAGUCUGACGCUCGAAGAAUCCGGAAAUGUCGAUGGGGACUCGUGUCCAGAUGAUAACGCCGACGAAACCAGCCUUGUUGAGGAUUCGAUACCAGAGUCGCCAGACAUGCGUGCCUACCAGCAAGAAAUGCUUCUGGAGAGCAUGAAAGGCAAUGUAAUUGUGUCGAUGGAGACGGGGAGCGGGAAGACAAGAAUAGCCAUCGAGAGAAUGCAGAGGCAGCUCGAAACCGGCGACCCACGACAAUGCGAGGCGGUCAAGCGUUCGCUGCCAGCGUAUUCGGUAAAGCUACUGACCGGGGAUCUCGAGCUCGAGACGUGGACAGUAUCCACAUGGAAAGCAAUUCUGGGCGACGCGCAGGUUAUUGUGUCCACCCCGCAGGUUCUCUACGACGCGCUGUGCCAUGGAGAACAAUUCGUGUCCUUUGGGCGGCUCUCCAUCCUCGUCUUCGACGAAGCACAUAAAUGUGUGAAGAAGGAUGCCGGGCGGAAGAUCAUGCUCGGGUUCUACCACGAGCGCAAGUGCUCUGGCAAGUCGGUGCCAGUCAUCUUAGGCCUGACCGCGAGUCCGAGUAUCAGAGCAACUAUGGAAGGAAUCGAGCAUCUUGAAACGACGUUGAACGCUCGCUGCGUCUGGCCAACGCUUCAUCGAGAGGAGCUGCUGAAGUAUGUCAACAAGCCACGAUUAUACCCCAUUGUCUUUGAGGAGCCCGAACACCAGGAAACAACGCCCUCCAUGCGAUCUUUGCAGAAAGCAUGGCAAGAGCUUGAUUUGAGGUCUGACCCAUACAUUCUCAAAUUGCUAAGCAACCCAUCGGCGAGGAACAGACAACUCCUCGAGACUGCAAUCUGCAAGAGCAAUACAUAUUCACAAACCGAACUCAGGAGCACAUACGCGCGCUGUGUCACUGUCGCCAAGGAACUGGGCUUGUGGGCGGCUGACCAGUACAUCUGGCGAGCGACCACUGAGUUUCUGAGAUGCCUUAAUGUACAGCCUCAGAUAUUUGACGAGUGGUCUUCGCAGGAAAAAGAAUACCUGGCGGCCGCCUUUCGCCGCGUGCAUGCGCCUGAACCACCUAAAUGCCCGACUCAUAUCUCAGGCAAAGCAGGCUUGCUUUUACAAGAGCUGCUGCAGGUGCAGCAGAUUCAUGAUUGGCCGGUUUGUCUGAUCUUUGCGAAAGAAAGGGCGACGGUGAGCAUGCUAUAUGAGCUACUUAAUGCUUGUCCCCCGAUCAAAGAGAGAUACCGCAUCGGCGCUGUGGUUGGAACGUCGAACCACAAAAGCAAGAAGCAGAACAUCUGCGACCUUUCAAGUAACCUCAACCCGGGCCUCUCCGUGCUGGAAGACUUUCGCGUCGGACAAGUCAACCUUCUGAUCACCACGAGCGUCCUCGAAGAAGGCAUUGACGUGCCUGACUGCAACACUGUCAUCUGCUUUGAUAUCAUUGAGUCGCUCAAAUCUUUUGUACAGCGCCGCGGCCGCGCGCGCAUGCACAGCUCCAAAAUCGUUAUCUUCACGGACAAGUCACCGAAAAUGGCCGAAAAAUGGGAGGUUCUGGAGGGAGCGCUGAGGCUCGAGCUCCAGGCUCAGGAGCGAGAGAUUAUGGCGCUUGAGAUGCUAGAGCUCGGCGACGAAGAGAGCAGCCAAGAAACGCUUCGAUCGAAAACAACGGGAGCCAAGAUUGGGUUUGACGAGGCGAAAUCUCAUCUCGAACACUUCUGCCACAAACUUUCAAGGGGCGAGUAUGUGGAUGCUCGUCCGUACUACAUGGUGCACAAGUCCGACAAACUCAUGUCAUGCACCGUACACUUGCCUUCCUUCAUCCCGCCUCAUGUUCGUCUAGCUGAUAGUAUUCGGUCGGACUGGAAAAGCGAGAAGAAUGCCACCAAGGACGCAGCUUUCCAAGCAUAUGCGGCCCUGUACCGCGAAGGUCUCGUCAACGAGAACCUGCUGCCAUUCGAGCCAGAGCAGUUGCCGGGGCUGGAGACCAGAAAGCCGAUGGCUUAUAUCGAGCCCCCUUUUAAGCCUUGGCAGGACAUUGCGAGAGCUUGGCAGUCGACGGACGACAGAUGGGCGUACACAUUCACUUGCUGCAAUGAGCAUGGCGACGUUACGGGGACAUACGAUAUUGUUCUCCCUACCCGCAUUGACCAACCUCGCACAAUGAAGAUCCACAAGAGCUACGAUAUUGCCUGGGAGUUACGGGCCACUGCUGGCAGAUGCUUGUCCUCCGACGAAACGUCGUCCAUGCAGGAUCAGACAUCAGCUCUUUUAGCCAUGAACUUUGGUCACAGAUGGGAUGUUCUCGACAAGCCGCACGUCAUUCAAGUCAGCGCAAAUGACGCUUUCAUAGCGUUGGAGCACAAAGGGUCUCAGACAUUUGUCGGAGAGUCGUCCGAGGACCCAAUCCGUUACCUGCUUCGUGAUGGCUCAGGGGCCCCUUGGAUCUUUGAGAAAGUCUUACCUUCGAAACCGACUGUAGAUUCGGUCCAGCGUCCUUUCUUUGAGUAUGACCUCGCACCCGACAACGUCCCAUACGCCGUGGUAAGAAAAUGGUCACGCUACGCCGACUUCCUGCAUCCUCCACAGGCUUGCGCUGCAAAUCAUGCCACGGGCACAAAACCGUACGGAUAUGUAAUUCCGCUACCAUGCAUGAGAGACGAAGUCACGAUCAACCAUGUCGAGUUUGGGCGGCUUCUGCCUUCGAUACUGCACGAGAUGGAGCUCAUGCUGAUCACGCAACAUCUGCGCAAUAACUUGUUGAACUCGAUCGGCUUAUCAAAUCUCGGAUUGAUCCGCUCAGCUAUAAGCACACGGAGUGCGAACGAACCAUUUCAGUACGAACGGUUGGAGUUCUUGGGUGACUCGAUUCUCAAAUACUGCGCAGCAGUCCUGGCAGCUACGUUACACCCCGACUGGCCCGAAGGAUAUCUUUCGCACCUAAAGGAUCAACUCGUCUCAAACGCUCGACUAUCCCGUGCUGCUCUUGAAAAGGGGCUUGCUAAAUACAUCCUGACACGUCCUUUCACGGGCCACAAGUGGCGACCCAUCUAUGUUGAUGAAGCAAUGAGCAGUGACCAACAGCCAAAAAUCGACAAUCAGCUGUCGACGAAAACCUUGGCAGAUGUGGUGGAGGCGCUGAUCGGCGCAUCGUACUGUGAAGGAGGCAUUCAAAAAGCUUCCAGAUGCCUCGCGGUCUUCAUUGACGACCAGGAAUGGCCACAUCCAGAUGUCAGCCGCCUCAAGCUCUUCGAGCUCCAGCCUCCCGUUUCCAUCAACGAAGCUUAUUUCGCAGAACUUGAGGCGCUUUUGGGCUACACCUUCAACAAGAAGUCCCUGGCAGCAGAAGCUCUCACCCACCCUUCCUGCCCAUCAAGCGACGCACAGCGCUCAUUGGACCGACUUGAGUUCCUCGGGGAUGCAGUACUUGACAAAAUUAUUGUCUCCCGGCUGUUCAAAGCGGAACCGCCCUUGACGCAUGAUCAAAUGCACCUUCUCAAGACUGCUACAGUGAACGGAGAUUUCCUAGCGUUUCAGUCUACCGAAUUUGGCUUGCCAACGGAGCAGACGAUAAAGCCCAAAGGUUCCGAUCUCCAGACGCAAACCGUCGUGAAGCCGCUCUGGAAGUAUUUGCGAUUCGAAUCCCUGAGUCUCGGCGUCGAACAAAAGGCUCUGGAAGAACGCCAUGCCCAACUACGCUUGGAUAUACUGGACGCUAUGGAGAAUGGCACUCAUUAUCCUUGGGCCCUACUCGCAAAGUUGCAGGCUAAAAAGUUCUUUUCAGACGUUGUCGAGUCAAUCUUGGGGGCAGUCUGGCUCGAUUCUGGCUCGAUCGAUGUUUGCGAGGGCAUUAUAGGAGGAAUGGGUAUACUCAAAUAUCUCGACCGCCUCAUCCGCGAUGGAGUCCACGUCCGACAUCCCAAGGAAGUCAUUGGCAUGCUUGCUGUGACACAGAAGGUCAGGUAUACGGUUGAAGCAAGCGUCGAGGAGGCCGGGAAGCAGACUUUCAGUUGUACGAUUUGUGUGGGCGAUAGAGAGGUUGCGCACGUCGUUGAUGGUGUUUCCAAAGAAGAGAUCAAGACCAAGGCAGCCACUGAAGCGGUCAAGAUCCUCGAAGGCGAAAUGAAGACCUCGAAAGCUGGAGCGGAAGCUAUGGCAAGGGCCACGGAAUAG